AUGUCUCCAUCGCCUCAACACGAAGAAUAUCAGUAUCUCAACCUUGUUAAACACAUAAUUGAUCACGGUCAACAUCGCGAUGAUCGUACCGGUACUGGAACAAUAUCUGUUUUCGCGCCACCACAACUACGAUUUUCUUUACGAGAUAAUGUUUUUCCACUUUUAACUACAAAACGUGUUUUCGUGCGAGCAGUUAUCGAAGAAUUACUAUGGUUUAUUAAAGGUGAUACCAAUUCGAACCACUUAACUGAAAAGGGUAUUCAUAUUUGGGACGAUAACGGUUCACGUGAAUACCUGGAUAGAGUUGGAUUGUCUCAUAGGAAAUCUGGAGAUCUGGGCCCCGUUUAUGGAUUCCAAUGGCGUCACUUUGGUGCAAAGUACGUUGAUUGCGAUGCAGAUUAUACUGGUCAAGGUGUUGAUCAGCUUCAAGAAGUCAUUAAUAAAAUUAAGAACCAACCAAAUGAUAGGC